UAAGCGGAUACGGCAGAAGUUUUGGGGCCAGACACAAGACUUCCAAGUUUGAAUGGGCAGCGCAAAACCCAGGCAAGUUUUCCGGUAGUGCCGCCGACCUCUGUCAGGCUCAGAAGACACAGCGAGAACCGUGAGCAGUUACGAAAUCCUAAAACACUGAGCUCGCGUCCUGCCAGGCAGCAGACGCACAAACCUACGCCUCCGAGCGAUCCCUGGAGGUCCCGCCCACUCUUGUCUCCAGAGCCUGCUGGAGGUCUGGAAGAGGAGGGGCGAAAGGUGAGGAGGGCAGUAUGCGCAUGCGCGCUCAGGACCCAGUCAGUGAGCCAAUAAGGAAUCUCGCGAGUGUUGAAAGUCGGUGGCGUAGGUCGUCGUCCUGGAUGCUGGCGAAAUAGAUGAUAUCUGCCAGAGGAAGAGGAGGAGGCGGCGAAGCGUUUUCCCAGCCUCAGUCUCUCUUUCGUUUUCCUUUUCCCUUCCCCCAACCCUCCGCCCUUCUCUAAAUCAGCCCGCCUUCCUUGACCUCAGUGACCCGCCUGGCCCCGCCCACCCGCGUCGACGUGAUUCCCGCCGUGAGGUAAGCGCCGGUGGAACCUAGAGCCCGGCGGAAGAGCAGAACGUUUGGGAGUGUGCAGCUCCUGGGCCCGGCUCAGGCCCGUCGCGGAGGCGGGGCGCGGGGGAGCGCUCCGGUGGGAGUCUCGCUCCUCCACCAGUUUAUUGCGACGUAGCAUCCAGGCCUAGGCCUCCCCGUCCAUCCCCGCCGGACUCGGCCUCUAGCAGCAGCGGGUGACGCAGACGGAACAUCAUGUCGUCCGCGGCCGAGCCUCCGCCACCCCCGCCUCCCGAGAGCGCGCCUUCCAAGCCCGCAGCCUCGACCGCCAGCGGCGGGAGCAACAGCAGCAACAAAGGCGGCCCCGAGGGCGUCGCGGCGCAGGCGGUUGCGUCUGCGGCCAGCGCUGGUCCCGCAGACGCCGAGAUGGAGGAAGUAUUUGAUGAUGCGUCACCUGGAAAGCAAAAAGAAAUCCAAGAACCGGAUCCUACCUAUGAAGAAAAAAUGCAAACUGAUCGGGCAAAUAGAUUCGAGUAUUUAUUAAAGCAGACAGAACUGUUUGCACAUUUCAUUCAACCUGCUGCUCAGAAGACUCCAACUUCACCUCUGAAGAUGAAACCAGGGCGCCCACGAAUAAAAAAAGAUGAGAAGCAGAACUUACUAUCCGUUGGCGAUUACCGACACCGUAGAACAGAGCAAGAGGAGGAUGAAGAGCUAUUAACAGAAAGCUCCAAGGCAACCAAUGUUUGCACUCGAUUUGAAGACUCUCCGUCAUAUGUAAAAUGGGGUAAACUGAGAGAUUAUCAGGUCCGAGGAUUAAACUGGCUCAUUUCUUUGUAUGAGAAUGGCAUCAAUGGUAUCCUUGCAGAUGAAAUGGGCCUAGGAAAGACUCUUCAAACAAUUUCUCUUCUUGGGUACAUGAAACAUUAUAGAAACAUUCCUGGUCCUCAUAUGGUUUUGGUUCCUAAGUCUACAUUACACAACUGGAUGAGUGAAUUCAAGAGAUGGGUACCAACACUUAGAUCUGUUUGUUUGAUAGGAGAUAAAGAACAAAGAGCUGCUUUUGUCAGAGACGUUUUAUUACCAGGAGAAUGGGAUGUAUGUGUAACAUCUUAUGAAAUGCUUAUUAAAGAGAAGUCUGUGUUCAAAAAAUUUAAUUGGAGAUACUUAGUAAUAGAUGAAGCUCACAGGAUCAAAAAUGAAAAAUCUAAGUUGUCAGAAAUAGUGAGGGAAUUCAAGACUACAAAUAGACUAUUAUUAACUGGAACACCUCUGCAGAACAACUUGCAUGAGCUGUGGUCACUUCUUAACUUUCUGUUGCCAGAUGUGUUUAAUUCAGCAGAUGACUUUGAUUCCUGGUUUGAUACAAACAACUGCCUUGGGGAUCAAAAACUAGUUGAGAGGCUUCAUAUGGUUUUGCGUCCAUUCCUCCUUCGUCGAAUUAAGGCUGAUGUUGAAAAGAGUUUGCCUCCAAAGAAGGAAGUAAAAAUCUAUGUGGGCCUCAGCAAAAUGCAAAGGGAAUGGUAUACUCGGAUAUUAAUGAAGGAUAUAGAUAUACUCAACUCAGCAGGCAAGAUGGACAAAAUGAGGUUAUUGAACAUCCUAAUGCAGUUGAGAAAAUGUUGUAAUCAUCCAUAUCUCUUUGAUGGAGCAGAACCUGGUCCACCUUAUACAACAGAUAUGCAUCUAGUAACCAACAGUGGCAAAAUGGUGGUUUUAGACAAGCUGCUCCCUAAGUUAAAAGAACAAGGUUCACGAGUACUAAUUUUCAGUCAAAUGACAAGGGUAUUGGACAUUUUGGAAGACUAUUGCAUGUGGAGAAAUUAUGAGUACUGCAGGUUGGAUGGUCAGACGCCCCAUGAUGAGAGACAAGACUCCAUCAAUGCAUACAAUGAACCAAACAGCACAAAGUUUGUUUUCAUGUUAAGCACGCGUGCUGGUGGUCUUGGCAUCAAUCUUGCGACCGCUGAUGUAGUAAUUUUAUAUGAUUCUGAUUGGAAUCCCCAAGUAGAUCUUCAGGCUAUGGAUCGAGCACAUAGAAUUGGGCAGACCAAGACAGUCAGAGUGUUCCGCUUUAUAACUGAUAACACCGUAGAAGAAAGAAUAGUAGAGCGUGCUGAGAUGAAACUCAGACUGGAUUCAAUAGUCAUUCAACAAGGGAGGCUUGUGGAUCAGAAUCUGAACAAAAUUGGGAAAGAUGAAAUGCUUCAAAUGAUUAGACAUGGAGCAACACAUGUGUUUGCUUCAAAGGAAAGUGAGAUCACUGAUGAAGAUAUCGAUGGUAUUUUGGAAAGAGGUGCAAAGAAGACUGCAGAGAUGAAUGAAAAGCUCUCCAAGAUGGGCGAAAGCUCACUUAGAAACUUUACAAUGGAUACAGAGUCAAGUGUUUAUAACUUCGAAGGAGAAGACUAUAGAGAAAAACAAAAGAUUGCAUUCACAGAGUGGAUUGAACCACCUAAACGAGAAAGAAAAGCCAACUAUGCCGUUGAUGCAUAUUUCAGGGAAGCUCUUCGUGUUAGUGAACCUAAAGCACCCAAGGCUCCUCGACCUCCAAAACAACCCAACGUUCAGGAUUUCCAGUUCUUUCCUCCACGUUUAUUUGAAUUACUGGAAAAAGAAAUUCUGUUUUACAGAAAAACUAUUGGGUACAAGGUACCUCGAAAUCCUGAGUUGCCUAAUGCAGCACAGGCACAAAAAGAAGAACAGCUUAAGAUUGAUGAAGCCGAAUCCCUUAAUGAUGAAGAGUUAGAGGAAAAAGAGAAGCUUCUAACACAGGGAUUUACCAAUUGGAACAAGAGAGAUUUUAACCAGUUUAUCAAAGCUAAUGAGAAGUGGGGUCGUGAUGAUAUUGAAAAUAUAGCAAGAGAAGUAGAAGGCAAAACUCCAGAAGAAGUCAUUGAAUAUUCAGCUGUGUUCUGGGAAAGGUGCAACGAGCUCCAGGACAUAGAGAAGAUUAUGGCUCAGAUUGAAAGGGGAGAGGCGAGAAUUCAAAGAAGAAUAAGCAUUAAGAAAGCACUUGACACAAAGAUUGGACGGUACAAAGCACCUUUUCAUCAGCUGAGAAUAUCAUAUGGUACUAACAAAGGAAAAAACUAUACUGAAGAAGAAGAUCGUUUUCUGAUUUGUAUGCUUCACAAACUUGGAUUUGACAAAGAAAAUGUUUAUGAUGAAUUGCGACAGUGUAUUCGCAACUCUCCUCAGUUCAGAUUUGACUGGUUUCUUAAGUCCAGAACUGCAAUGGAGCUCCAGAGGAGAUGUAAUACCUUAAUUACUUUGAUUGAAAGAGAAAACAUGGAACUAGAAGAAAAGGAGAAGGCUGAGAAAAAGAAACGAGGACCAAAGCCUUCAACACAGAAACGUAAAAUGGAUGGAGCACCUGAUGGUCGAGGAAGAAAAAAGAAGCUGAAAUUAUGAAUAUGUUUUUGUUUCAUAAUCACUAACUUUAAACCAGUAGUUCUUUAAUUUACGGGUCUUCAUAAGAUGUACUGUACAAUGCUCAAUUGUUAUGUCAUUUAAAGACAUCAGGUUCAUCUGUUUACUGAGCUAGAAACAUAGUAUGUAGUUUCACUUUUUUAAAUGCAACAGCUGUGCUGAAAUUUUUUUAUCAUUAACACUUGAAGUAAUAAAAUAGGCUUCAUUUAUUACUGAGUGUUUCAUUUGAUUUAUUUUUCUAUUGUAGUUCCAUUUGUGAAGAUUGUAACUUUUUGUUUAUUAGCUAUGAUUUCUACACUUGAAAGGCUUAAAAACAAGUUAAAAAGAAAAUUGCAAAUAACAUUUGUCCCUUUCAGUCUUCACCUAGUUGUGUAAUUAUUUUAAUUCACUUUGCCUUUGCAGAAAUUUGGGUAUUUUCUUUGUAGUGCUAUUGAGUCUCAUCUGGAAAGAUGAUAUAAAUUGCAUUCUCCUUGCUUAUGUGGGUAGAAUGGGAAAAGAAGGCAAGACAAAGUAUACUUAAAUUCUAUGCAUAUUUCUGUUAUGCUUUCUGUUUUUUUUAGUUGAUUCUGAAAUGAAUUUGCCCUAUUCUUUUGAAAGAAUGGCCUUUUAGUUGUAUAGCCAAAGACAUUUAGUAUUUUCUGGUUCCUUAAGGUAUUACUGUACCAUUUUGUAAAAGGAAUAUUAUUAUUAUUAUUUUUAAUUAUUUGGUAAAUGUUUUGUCAUAUGACCUUCUGAAGCAGCCACAACUUAGAUAAUGUCAGAACCAAGGUGAUUUUUUUAAUUUUGAAAGCCCAGCCAAAAUGAGAUGUGAAUUUGUCAUACUGUUACAUUGAAAUUGGUAACAAAAUAUAUCCCCUCCCAUUUUGAGUUUUAGGGUAAAUGAAAAUUUUAUUGUAUUUUAAAGUAAUUUCUAAGUGUUAGCAAGACUGACUAUAAUUCCAGUUUCUGUUUUCUGUGGAUAGACUUGAUAAACUGGAGACCCUAAAGUGGGAAUACCCAAAUUAUAGUGUCAGGAUUUUAGCUGUACCAGAGGCCUUUAUGUGCUACACAUAAUUUGUAUAAAAUUUUAUAUGUGCAGAUUGGGUACAUAAACAGUUCUCCAUUUUUCUAAGGGAAUGCAAUAAAUGUAGCAUCGUGAAUAAAUAUAACUUUUAUAAUCCGUAAA